CCAAAACAAGGCAUUUCAAAGUGGGUGUGUGGAAACUGCCUUCAUCCUGAUAAAAAGUUCCAGGUUCCACCUCCGGCCACCAGCCCCACGAUGGUGACUGCGCUGCUGCUGCUUUCGGCACUGGCUGGCCUCUUGGGUGCGGCCGAGGGACAGGCAUUCCAUCUGGGGAAGUGCCCGGCUCCUCCCGUGCAGGAGAAUUUUGACGUGAAUAAGUAUCUUGGAAGAUGGUAUGAAAUUGAGAAGAUCCCAGGGAGCUUUGAGAAGGGAAGCUGCAUCCAAGCCAACUACUCACUAAUGGAAAAUGGAAACAUCAAAGUGAUAAACCAGGAACUGAGAUCGGAUGGAACUGUGAAUCAAAUUGAAGGUGAAGCCUCCCAGGUCAACCUCACAGAGCCUGCCAAGCUGGGAGUGAAGUUUUUCUGGUUGAUGCCUUCAGCUCCGUACUGGGUCCUGGCCACCGACUACGAGAACUAUGCCCUCGUGUACUCGUGUACCACGAUCGUCUGGCUGUUUCACGUAGAUCAUGUUUGGAUCUUGGGAAGAAACCCUUAUCUCCCUCCAGAAACAGUGACCCAUCUAAAAGAUAUCCUGACCGCUAAUAACAUUGACAUCGAGACAAUGACCGUCACAGAUCAGGGGAACUGCCCUGAGUUCCAGUAAGGAGGCUCUGAAGGGAGUCUGCGCUCACCCCAUGUUCCUUCUCU